GAAGGUUGGCCUAGACAACAUGGAUUACUGGCAUGCCUUGGAAGUAUACAAGGACAUGGUCCUGCUGUACAUGGAGGAGGGCCAGAGAUGGGUCAACUCGCACUGCGCCCACCUGGAGCCGUGGCAGAUCAUCGGAGCCACAGUCUUCAUCACACUGGGAGCAGUCUGGGUCAAGAGCUUCCUAUUCCAGCAAGAAAGUCUCACAUCCCGAAUCAAGAAGCAGUGGGUUCGACUCAUCAGAAAAAUACCCUUUGUUGGUGUGGCAGGAGCAGUCUAUGGCAUGGCCCAAUCCAUCCCAGACAGAUCCAUUGUGACAGAAGCCGCCUGGAGUUACCUGGACUGUCUCUAUAGCACUGAGGUGAAGACAAACACCAGCCACAUGAAGGCCCACUAA